CAAAUAUACAAAUAAGACUAAUUAUUGUUACAAUUUUGAUUUCAAAUCCUCUCUGUUUCUUGAGGUACUUUGCUAGAAAAGAGAAAUGGAGCAAGAUAAAAGCUUGGAUCCACAACUAUGGCGUGCUUGUGCAGGGUCAAUGGUUAAGAUUCCUUCACUAAAUUCAACGAUCUUCUACUUCCCUCAAGGCCAUAGGGAGCACGCCCACGCGCCUCCCAACUUUCACGCGCCGCGCCUCCCACCACUCAUCCUCUGCCGCGUCGUCGCUGUGAAGUUACUCGCCGACGCAGAAACCGAUGAGGUCUCCGCCAAAAUUUCGCUUCUGCCGCAGCCAGAAACUAAUCUGUAUCAGAUAAAUGCCGCCGUUCCAAGUCCAGAUCCUCCAGAUGGUGACGGCAGCGAGAAACCGGUGUUUUUCACUAAAUCGCUGACGUAUUCUGACACCAACAAGGGCGGCGAAUUAUCCUUGCCGCGUAACUGUGCCGAAACAAUCUUCCCGUGGCUUGACUAUAAGGCGGAUCGUCCGGGCCAGACCGUCAUCGCCAAAGACAUCCACGGCAAGACCUGGAAAUUCCGACACAUCUACAGUGGUAGGCUCCGCCGUCACCUCCUGACAACCGGCUGGAGCACUUUCGUUGACCGGAAGAAACUCAUCGCUCGCGACUUAAUCGUCUUCCUCCGCUCCGAAUCCGGCGACCUCUGCGUCGGUAUCCGUCACGCAAAAAGCGACCUUUUAGGAUCUAGCAGCCCACACACCGGGGUUUCGGGUUUCCACUUAGCAAUGGCGCGUGCGGGGUGUGGGCAAUCGUUCGAGGUGGUUUAUUACCCUCGCGUGAGCACGCCGGAGUUCUGCGUGAAAGCGGCUGAUGUGAGAGCAGCAAUGAGUAUACAAUGGUGCACUGGCAUGAGGUUUAAAAUGGCGUUUGAAAAAGAGGAUCUUUCUGGAGUCAGCUGGUUCAUGGGUACUGUCUCCGCCGUUCAAGACGCCGAUCCAAUCCGCUGGCCCGAUUCCCCAUGGCGUCUCCUCCAGGUAGAGUGGGACAAACAGGAUAUACGGCUAGUAGACGUGAAGCGAGUUAGUCCGUGGCUAGUCAAAUUGACGCCUGCUUCACUCUCCUCUCGCCAUCCUGGGAAAAAGCCAGGGAUUCUGCCGCCUUUCGGUACCAAAUUCCCAAUUUUUCUCCCAUUAAGCCGCAGUUUUCCAGGAGACUCGGGUCCAGGGUCUCUGCAUCUGGCGUAUCCUUUCCACAAAGAAACAGAAUGCAUAUUAGUCUUCUCGUGCAAUGACAAGGAUGUGGAUGUGGACAAGGACGAGGACGAGACACUUUUCGUAGAAACCAUCUCAGAAAAACUGCAAGCACUAGAGGUUACCCCUUUGACAUAUAAUCUAUCAUGCAAAAAGAACAUUGACAAAGAGACCCUACACAGAUCUGGUGUUGGUAUUUUGGUACUUUCAAAUAGUUAUGCUUAUGCUAGACAGUCCUUGGAUCAUCUCGUGGCCAUCAUGGAACAUUGGAAAGCAAAAAACCUUGUGAUUAUUCCUAUAUAUUUUAAGGUAACACUUUCAGACAUUUGUCGGUUGGAAGGCAGUUUUGAAGCAGCAUUUCUGCAGUCUCUUGAUUCUGACCAGCCAGGCAGAGUUCAGAAAUGGAAGGCGGCUAUGGCUGAAAUAGCAUCCAUCGAUGGACAUAACUGGACAAAAGAGACCCAAGUCAUGCUUGCCGAGGAAGUUGUAAGAAACGCAUGCUUAAGGCUACAUUUGAAAAAUAGCAAGAAUAUGGCCAGCAUUCUAGCAUUGUUAGAGUACUCCCAACCUCCAGGCGCUGAUUUUAUGGGAAUUUGGGGUGCGCCAGGACUAGGUAAGACUUCCAUUGCUAGAGAGAUUUUUGGCGCUCUAGCUCCACAAUAUGAUUUGUGCUACUAUGUGCAAGACUUUUAUCUGAUGUGUCAAACGAGAGGGCUGAGGCAAAUGCGUGAUGAUUUCUAUUCUAAAGUAUUCGGGGAAGAAAAACUAAGUAUAGGCUCUUCUGAUAUAAAACUCAGUUUCAUGAGAGACUUGUUCUACAAAAAAAGGAUUCUUAUUGUUCUCGAUGACGUGAGUAACGCCAGAGAUGCAGAAGCCGCAGUUGGAGGGUUUGGCUGGUUUUCUCAUGGACACAGAAUCAUCCUAACCUCUAGGAGAAAACAAGUUCUUGUCCAGUGUAAGGUUAAAGAGCCAUACAGGAUCCAAAAAUUAUGCGAGUCUGAAUCUUUUCGUCUCUGCAAACAAUAUUUGAGUGUAGAGAGUGGCAUAAUCUCGGAGCUUUUGAGCUGUAGUAGUGGUAUUCCACUGGCCCUCAAAGUGUUGGGUUCCACUGUAUCAAAGCAGCAUGUAAGCAAUAUGAAGGAACAUCUCCAAAGCUUGCGGAGAAAUCCUCCAACUCAGAUUCAGGAAGCAUUUCGGAGAAGUUUUGAUGCUCUAGAUGAUAACGAAAAAAACAUAUUUUUGGAUCUCACAUGUUUUUUCAGAGGGGAGAACAAAGACUAUGUGGUACAAUUACUGGAUGCUUGCGGGUUUCGUACAUAUUUGGGAAUCUGUGAUCUCAUUGACGAGUCUCUCAUCACCCUUGUGGACAGUAGGAUAGAGAUCCCAACUCCUUUUCAAGACAUUGGUCGAUUUAUUGUUUAUGAGGAAGGCGAGAACCCAUGCGAACGUAGCAGGUUGUGGGACUCUAAGGACAUCGCCGAUGUAUUGACAAAUAAUUUAGGAACAGAAGUAAUUGAGGGCAUCUUCCUGGAUGCGUCUGACUUGAACUGUGAGCUUAGUCCUACUGUGUUUGGUAAGAUGUAUAGACUUAGAUUGCUGAAGUUGUAUUGUUCCACUUAUGGGAACCAGUGCAAGCUAAGCCUACCUCAAGGCCUCGACACUUUGCCUGAUGAGCUAAGACUACUUCACUGGGAGAAUUACCCUCUGAAAUACUUGCCUCAAAAAUUUAAUCCUGAGAACCUUGUAGAAGUAAACAUGCCUUAUAGUAACAUGGAGAAGUUAUGGGAAGGGAAGAAAGAUCUGGUGAAGCUAAAGAAAAUAAAUCUGAGUCACUCCAGAAACUUAACUGAUAUCCUGAUGUUAUCAGAAGCCCUGAACCUUGAACACAUUGAUCUUGAAGGAUGUACGAGUCUGGUUGAUGUUAGCACCUCUAUUCCUCGUUCUGGGAAGCUGGUUUCCUUGAAUAUGAAAGACUGUAUUCACUUGAGAAGUUUGCCCACCAUGGUUGAUUUGACAUUUUUGAAGCUUCUCAACAUGUCUGGCUGCUCAGAGCUAGAGGAGAUUCAGGAUUUUGCACCAAACUUGAAAGAGUUGUAUCUAGCUGGGAUUGCCAUAAGACAACUUCCCACGUCAAUUGAGAAUCUCACUGAACUCGGUACGCUAGACCUGGAGAACUGUAGAAUGCUUCAGCAACUGCCAUCAGGAUUAAAGAACUCGCGAUGUAUUGUGGAGCUUAAGCUGUCUGGCUGCACAAGCCUUGUUGGGCUAAGAAGCAUGGGAACUUCGGUGAACUCACCUCUUCCGCUUCCGAGUUUGAAGCGAGAUUUUGGAAAAAGUAGCGGAAGCGCAAAAAAGGUUCACUUUGAAAAUGAUAUGAUACCUAGAGGAGUACAGACCUGGGGAGAGGAUAAAAGGGUGAGGAAUGAAUCUGAGUCAGAUGUUACAGAUGAGGACCAGAGACCACCGAUCCUUUACACAUACAAGAGGAGGAAUCGUUUAGCUCGGGUCUAGGAGCAUUGUUGGGCCUCGUGAGUAGAAGCAGCAAACAUUCUAGAAGGAAGGGCGAGGGAAUAACUUGGGAAACGAGAAGACACGUGGAGCUGGAAGGUUGGUUCGAGGGGAAUAAUGCCGCACAUGGGAAGUUGCGAAGGAUCUCUCGGGAUCGGUAAAUAGAGGGG